AUGGCUUCGAGCAACUAUAAUCUUUAUACAGUUAACAGUAGAAGUACAACAUCUCCACUCAUUCCACAGGAAUACUAUGCCAACUAUCAGAUGCCAUCUUCACUUUUAGAUGAUUUGCUAUCUCGAGCAUCCUAA